AUGUCUGAAUGCUCAUUUGAUUCACAGAGACAAGCUUACUAUAUUCCACAUCACGGAGUAAUUCGUCAGAGUAGCUCAACGACUAAACUCAGAGUUGUUUUCAACGCGAGCAGUCCCACUACUUCAGAUGUCGAGAAGAUGUAUAGACAGAUCGUUGUACAUCCCGAUGAUCGACAUCUGCAAAGAAUUGUCUGGAGAGAAGAUCCAUCCGAGCCUCUGCGGACGUACGAGUUGAACACGGUCACGUAUGGCACCGCCAGCGCCCCCUACCUCGCCACUAGGUGUUUAAAACAAAUCGGUUUAGAGUGCAAUGACGCCAACAUUUCCGAAGUCAUCAUGCACGAUUUCUAUGUUGACGAUUUAUUAACCGGUGGCGAUUCUAUUCAGGAAGUGCUGGACAUACGUGACAAAGUGUCAAAGGAGCUCGCGUCCGCAGGUAUGCAUCUCCGCAAAUGGAAAUCGAAUGAACCUCAAGUGAUUUUAAAGUCCGAUGACCCCUCAUUAAAUUUAAACAUUGGGUCCACGGAGCCUUGUAAAACAUUAGGUCUCAGUUGGCUUAUCGAAUCAGAUGAUUUGCAUUUUUCUACAAAUAAUAUUAAAUUAAAUAAAUUAACUAAGCGAGGAUUACUUUCAGUCAUUUCACAAAUAUUCGACCCGCUUGGUCUCUUAGCUCCCUGCAUUAUUUCCAUGAAAAUAUUAAUGCAAAAAUUAUGGCUUCUUAAACUUUCGUGGGACGACCCACUGCCUAUAGAAAUUAUUAAAUCGUGGCAAAUAAUUGCAGACAGCUUGCCUUUGUUAAGUUCUUUGCGUAUUCCUCGUCUUGUACUUUGCAAUAGUUACGACUCGAUUGAUUUGCAUAUUUUUUGUGACGCAUCGCAAUCUGCUUACGGUGCUUGUUUAUACGUUCGUAGCACAAAUAAUAAUGUUGUUUUGGUGCGGUUGCUUUCAGCAAAAAGUCGAGUGGCGCCUAUAAAGCCCACCACGAUCCCGAGACUCGAGCUGUGCGCUGCGCUCGUCGGAGUGCGCCUAUACGAAAAGGUGUUACGUUCUCUACGAGUGCAAGAAGGCGUCCUCGUCAUCCUGAAGGAGGACAAUCUACCGCCGCUGAAAUGGCGGCUGGGUCGAGUCGUGGCAGUCCAUCCCGGAGCGGACGGAGUAUCCCGUGUGGCUGACGUGCGGACUGCGACAGGAGUCGUACGCCGCGCUUUUGGCAAGAUCUGCCCGCUGCCUCAAGACGACAUCUAG